CCACAGUCUCUCUUGAGACUCCAUGGCUUCCAUUCCUCCUUACCUCCUUCUCCUCCUCCUCUCUCUCCUCCCUCUCUCCAUUUCCACUCAACACCCCACCACCAACUCCCCUAACCUCAUCCAAAGGACGUGCAACACCACCACCUACUACGACUUUUGUGUGGCUUCCCUCCAGUCGGACCCCGAGAGCCCCAAGGCCGACGUCCGGGGCCUCUCCGCCAUCGCCGUCCGCCUCGCCAUCUCCAACGCCACCAACACCUCCUCCUUCGCCGCCUCCCUCGCCCAUUCCGCCACCGACCCUUCGCUCCGGGCCAUCCUCGGGGCGUGCACCGACAAGUACAUCAACGCCCGCCGGGCGCUGCGAUGGUCGCUGGAUGCGCUGUCGACCGAGUCGUACGACUACGCGUUCGUCCACGUGAGCGCCGCCGCCGAGUACCCCCACGUCUGCCGCGUGCUGUUCCGGCGGUACCCACGGUUGACGUACCCCCGGGAGAUGGCAAGGAGAGAGGAGGUUUUGGUGCACUUGUGCACCAUAGCCUUGGAAAUUAUAUCACUUCUUGGGUGAUAUAGAAAUGCACUGAAUUUAUUAAGAUUGCGUGGUCCUUGGGGAUAGGUUUCAACUUUUGGAUCUGAGGCUCUCUGGCUUGUAAAGUGAUUGUAAAGGUAGUCUAGCCUUUGUCUUGGUUGGUUUAGAGGUUUCUAUUAGAAUAUACAGGAGUGGAAAAAGUCUGGAUGGGUGUAUCUAUUUGGCACUUUGGUCUAUUAGAUGUUUAAUGUCUAUCUGAUUCAGAAGUGCAUUCUGGUCCUAAAUGGCUCUUAGAUGGCUUAUUUUCUAUAUUUGAUCAAUUAUUGCUGAAAUUCAUA